AUGCCUGACUUGCUUGCCCUUUUCCUAUUGGCCGUGCUCAUGGCAGCAACGUCUUUUGCUGCUGGCUUCUUGCCCUGGAAAUUCGGCCUUCCGCUUCAUCAGCUAGACACCGUGAUCGCUUCUAGUAUGGGCAUUCUUGUGGGCACUGUGUUGGUGUUGGUGAUCCCCGAGGGGGCAGAGACACUUUUUGAAGGGCGUGCCGAGGACCAUCACUUCUUGUCGACGUCGACAAUUGCGGGCGUUUCGCUUCUCACUGGGUUCAUGAUCAUGUUCAUGGUUGACCAAUAUACGGUGGUGAAAGACUCUACACCUUCUUCAUAUUCCGAUGAAAGUUCAUGGAGAGCACUCUUUGAGAGCACGCUUCACUCAACCUUGACAAUUGGGUUGAUGCUCCACUCGUGCAUUGACGGCAUUGCCCUCGGACUGUCGUUUUUCCACCAGAAGAACUCGUUCCACAUGUUUUUGUUUUUUAUGAUUAUCAUCCAUAAACUCCCCACUGCUUUCAGUUUGGCGGUGGUGCUUCAUACAGAAGGUUUUUCAGUGACAGCGGUGAACUUUCAUCUCUUCUUGUUCGCUCUUUCUACUCCAGUCUCCUCCCUCAUCACCUACGGCGUCAUUUCGAUCUUAAAACUAGACAACCCCUUGGUAUUGGGGAUCUUGCUUCUAUUUAGUGCGGGCACGUUCCUAUAUUCUGUAAUUCACGUCAUGAUGGAAGUCUUGGAGAGGAAGCUGCAAAAGACAAGUUACGAGCCCGAACUGAAACCUCCGGUGCAUGCCUUUUCAAAUACAGAAAUGGCCUUGACAGUCGCCGGUAUGCUUCUUCCUGUCAUUUUCUCACUAGCGGGAGCCCAUUGA